AUUCUUAAGGGCUCGCUGCAUUGCCCAAUGUGUGUUUGAAUAACAAGAAAUUUAGCUGACAUAUAAGAAAAUUCACUUUGUUCUCAGAAUAUUAAAAGUUUAUAUCCAGUCGAUUCUGUUAUUAAAUUAGCACAACUAUAAAAAGGAAAUAAGGUAAAUUUUAAGUCCUAAGUAAAACUUUAGUAGUAUUACAAAUUGAACAUUUAGCUGAAUGAGUUUCCUUAUGUUAAAUUAUAGGUAAAUACAUUCAAUUAAUCAAUUUCUCUAGUUUAUCAAGAGUUGCUCUGCAGUUUGACGUAUCCAAGGAUACUAGAAAACAAUAUCGAAUUUUUCCUGAAUAGCUUUUCCUCUAGAACAACAUCCAUAAUGUGCAAUUGCUUUGAAUUAUUUCAUAAAUCCUUUUAGUUAUGGAAAUUGAUAAAGAGGAUUUUUCAACUUAUAAUGGAUUAAAUAAAAAAAAGUCAAAGUUAAUUUUACACGUAGAUUUGAGAAAUACUAUAUUAGUAGCCGACAGUGUAACCUCAACGACGGUUGAGCAGGGCCUCAACUCUUAUAUGACAUGUGUUGCCUGGGGUAAAGUGAACGAGAAUUCCGAAUGGAGAUGGAUUAAUGAUAAACUCAGUGUCGAACCUCCAGAUUCAAAUGCAAUAAGCUAUUAUUCUUAUCUCGAAAGUAAAUUAGUACGAAAUGCAAGGAAUAGAGCUGCCUUACGAAAAGCUACAGGAGAUUUUACACAAACACCAAUUGGAUCUCAAUUUUAUGAUAUAUUUGAAAAACAUAGAAAAAUCUUAGAAUGGAAACAUAAUAACGUACAGUAUUUAACUUUGGCUAACUCAUAUCACUACGCCUUACCAUCAUUUCUGGAGUGCUUGUAUAAGCUGCAGGAAGACAAACGAGACUACUCUGUGAUAAUUCGAACGUAUGGAUUGGAUGCUAGGAACAUGCUCAAAGCAUUACAUUCGACUACCAAAGGUAACCAUCCGAGCUUUAAAAGUGUGUAUAUAAUGGAAUUAUUCUAA